UAACAUCGAGUAUUCUGUUUUGAUUAUCUGAGGUUAGUGCAAAAUACUAAAAUCUUCACAUAAAGGUAAAAUUCUACUUUAGAACGACUCGCAUUUUAUUCCUUGGUGCCUGAAUGUUUUCAUCAUCGUUGCAUUUGCCAUGCAACAAAACAAUGAUGAAUUUGAAUAAAUAAACAUCAACUACGACUACGUCACCUGUAAACUUGUGAAGAACAUCAAUUACACUAUGGAGUCUUAAGCAUGUUCUAUAAUAGAGCGAUCAAGAUGAAGCUUUAUUCUCUGACGAAACGUCAAUUUGUUUUGGUUUUUGUGGCGUUCUUCUCGUGUAUAGCGUUCUGUGCUAUAAUCGGACUGGCUGGUCCAUCUGUCAUUGUGUCAGAGACCAAAUCAAUGAAGGCACUAUUGCCUUGGAACUCUAGCCUGUCGACAACUGUUCACAAAGUUGGCUCAGGAUCAUUGUCUACAUUUGAUCAACAGUUAUGGUUGACUUGCCUCAUCAAGCUCAAAGGAAUUGAGAAAGGCGCAUCGUUCAAACUAAAGUUCAGUGUAAAUGUACAGAUUCUUUAUGAAGGAUCAGACAACAGUCACCGACCGUUAUCUAAUCGCUUUAGCAAUCAUUCUCGAGAGGUCAUGUGUGAACAGUGGGAAUGUGAUGACUUCGUUGUCUUUCAUCUUGGUUACGUAGAUUAUCACUCUUACGUGGCCAUCGUUGCCAUGUCAAAUUUUGACUCGCUACCAAAAGGAGGUGAAAUUGACGAUGUUUUAUUUACUUAUAGUCACUACAACGUAAAUUUCACCGAAGUUGAAAUUUGGUUUCGAUUUGUGUUCGUCGUUCUCACGUUUAUGAUUGCUUGUAUAUACGUUCAUUCGUUGAGAAGAUUCCCGUUCCGUGAUUGGUCAAUUGAACAACGGUGGAUAUCCGUACUGCUGCCAUUGCUGCUGCUGUUUAACGACCCAAUCUUUCCUCUUCAUUUCCUCGUCAAAUCAUGGGUCCCGGGAAUGUUUCAGUCGAUGUUCCGCGCGACCUUUCUCGCUGCCAUCUUGCUGUUCUGGUUGUGUGCGUUUCAUGGCAUCCGGCAAAACGAGAGAACUUUCAUCGAAUUCUAUUUUCCCAAGAUCCUUUUGGUUGGUCUAGUAGGAAUUUCGGCUUUUACCAUCACUACAUGGCAACGGUACAACGAACUCUGUGAUCCAGCUUAUCAAUCAAAACUGGACAUAGCAAACUUUACGGGCUUCAAAAUAUUUUUCUUCGUCAUUGCUUCCGUAUAUCUCAUCUAUUUGAUAUAUUUGGUCGCUAAGGCGUACUCUGAGAUUAAAGGACUGCCAUACUUUGAUAUUCGACUAAAGUUUCUUACAAUACUUAUGCUUGUCGUCGUUCUCGUGUCUUUUGUAUUUGUGUUGCUGCGAUACGGACGAACAGCCUUGCAGAAUAAUUUCAUUGCUGAACUAGAGACGACCUACAAAAAUACAGCGGAAUUUUUAUUGUUUUACGGAUUGUUGAAUUUUUAUCUGUACACCAUGUCAUUUGUGUAUUCUCCGGCGAGGAACGCAUUAUAUGACUCGUUUUUUAAAGACAACCCGUCAAUGUCGAUGAUCAACGAUUCUGACGACGAAGACAUUUAUAGGAAAAAGGCCAGCAGCAAAACAUCGUUAAACAGUGAAGAUGAAUAAUUUUAGUUGUUUUUUUGGCGAAACAAUGUAUGUUUAGAAUAAUAAUUUUAAUACAAUAGAUAAGAAGAAACUUUGAAUGUAACAUGGCGACAAAGCCCCUUGGUGGAAGUGCACCUAUGAUAAAAAACAUGUUAUAGUUAAUAUUUAUUGCGUAUUUUCACUGGCAAGAAGGUAGAGGUCGUUUAUUUGUUGAAGCACAGCAGUGUGGAGAUAAUUGAUAUAGUUUUAAAUUGUUAUCUUUUAUUGUCAUUGUAUUGUUUAUUGAAUAUUGGUGAUAAAAUGGCGAAGCAGCCCACUUUGUUA